GAGGGAGAGAAAGGACAGCCGUGGCUCAGAGGGGGUUACACACACACACACACCACUCGGGUGAGAGAAGCAGAUAGGAAAAGAGAGGAGGGGGAAAGGAAGGACAAAAAGAAGGGGGACACUGUACUGUUUGUUUUCGUUUUUAUUACUUCGAAUAAGAGAAAGGGAGCGCUGCCGUUUCUCUUUAAAUGCACGGUUAAAUCAUUGCAAACGGCUUCCAUUUUUAUUGAAAGGAUAACAGUAACGUAAGGCCACGAGGAAGACGCUGGAGUUUGAAGUGAUUUGAGCGUUUGUGGAAUUACUUUCUAAAGCAAAAGGAGACACGCGGUUUGCAGUCCAGUAGCUUAAGUGUUUAGCGGCUUAAUAGAUUGGUACAAGACCAAGCGAAACAAGCAAUCAAAGUUACUUCAUAUGACUUUAGAAAUAUUAUCAAGUAGUUGCCAAAUGUCAUUGAGUUCCGCGAGAAGGAAUAAAUAGCUUUAUUAGUGGCCUUUUAAAUCACACUGCUCAACAAACACGGGGAAGAAAACCCGAUCUUCUUUAACGUUACCAGCCGGUUAUUUACAGCAUAUUUGCGGACUAUGGCGGCGGUAACAAGUCCAGAAUCGAGCCAACCAGCUCGCGUUUACUUCCAGACGCCCACCGGUUCAACCGAAGAAGCCGAGACCCCAGCCCGCAAGCAAGGACGGGUCACAGUGAAAUACGACCGGAAAGAACUGAGAAAAAGACUUAAUUUGGAAGAGUGGAUUAUUGACCAGCUAACGGAUCUCUACGACUGUGAGGAAGAGGCGAUCCCAGAGCUGGAGAUUGACGUGGAUGAGCUGUUGGACAUGGAGAACGACGUAGACCGUGCUGCACGAGUCAAGGACCUGCUGGUAGACUGUUAUAAACCUACUGAGGUGUUUGUAGCUGAAUUGCUGGACAAGAUCCGUGGCAUGCAGAAGCUCAGUACUCCUCAGAAGAAGUGAAGCUCCUCCCACCUCCACCACUCCUAAACCAAUCCCAUCCCUCCUUUUCCAACUUUAGGGGCGUGACUAUUCACCCCUGAGCAGGUGCUCAUCCAAUCCCGUUGCUCCUUUGCAUCCGUUGGGGGAGGAGGUGGAGGCAAAGUAAUGGGAGAUUCAAUCAGAUCCUUAUAAGCAGGGCUUAUUUUUCUUAUUUUGUUGAUUUUAUUUGUAUUAUUUUAUUCUAUUUCAAUUUUUUUUGUAAAGGGGGGAAGAUUUC